UAUAAGUAUUAUCAGCAAAAUUUUGUGUUAUUAUUAGCAAAACUUUGGUUUAAAGUUUUGAAUUCAGUAUAUUCCAAUAUUUUGCCAUUACCAAGACGUUCGUGAGAACAUUUUUUUCAGAAAAUGUCUUUGAUCAGUCAUUGCGGAGGACUUCAAGAAAACAGUGUUCACGACCUCGAGAAAGAUGAAGUGUCCACAGGUACUACCAUUGUUGCAGCAACUUAUGAUGGCGGGGUUAUAGUUGGAGCUGACUCUCGCACAACUACUGGAUCAUAUAUUGCUAAUCGAGUUACUGAUAAGUUGACUAAAGUAUGUGAUAAUAUCUUCUGCUGUCGGUCUGGAUCAGCUGCAGAUACGCAAGCUAUCACUGACAUUGUUUCAUAUUACAUGGACCUAUCUAGCAUUCAAAUGGGUGAACCACCACUUGUCAGAGCCGCUGCCACUAUAUUCAGGAAUUUAAUUUAUGAGAAUAGACAUCAAUUGACUGCUGGUAUCAUUGUUGCUGGGUGGGAUAAGAAAUUUGGCGGACAAGUAUAUGCUGUCAAUGUAAGUGGUACAAUAGUUCAACAAAAUAUUUCUAUUGGUGGCUCAGGUAGUUCCUAUUUGUAUGGUUAUAUGGAUUCACAGUAUAAAGAUGGAAUGACACAAGAAGAAUGUGAAAAUCUUGUACUUAACGCAAUUUCAUUGGCUAUCAAACGUGAUGGUUCAAGUGGUGGUGUUGUACGUUUGGGAGUGUUAAACCAUACUGGUUCUAUUCAAAGAAAAUUGUUCUUGGGAGACCAAUUACCCAAGUUUUAUGAUAAUGUGUUAGUAAAACCUCAAGGUGAUAUAUCCGGAGGAGAUACUACUAUGGCUUAAUUUUUUUUAUUUAUAUUUAUAAAUCCAUUCGUGUAUUUAAUUGUUUCAGCAAAACAAUUAAUUUUUUAUUCUGCUAAUAUAUUAAAUUCUAAA